AUGAGCGCACGGCCGGCGAUGCUGCCCGCCGUCGCGCGGAGACCAGCGCACAGCCGUGUCUCCCGCUUGCGACGCAGCACGGCCGCGCGUGCGUCCCCGCUGAGCCAGGCCCUCGAGAAGCUCGCGGCGAGGCAUGAUCUGACCGAGGAGGAGACGAGCGCCCUGCUCCAGGGCAUCCUAGACGGCCCCGCGGACAAGUUCGACGCGCAGGCCGCGGCGCUGCUGUGCCUCCUGCGCUCCAAGGGCGAGACCGCCGCGGAGAUCGCGGGCCUCGCCAAGGCCAUGGCGUCCAAGUGCGUCCCGGUGCACGGCCCCCCGGGGGUCUUGGACAUCGUCGGGACGGGCGGGGACGGCAUCGGGAGCGUCAACAUCUCGACGGGCGCGUGCGUGAUCGCCGCCGCGGCCGGCGCGAAGGUCGCCAAGCACGGCAACCGCUCCGUGUCGUCGCUCUGCGGCAGCGCGGACGUCCUCGAGGCGCUGGGCGUGGAGAUGGACAUCGGCCCCGACGCCGUGGCGGCGUCGAUCGAGCAGGCGGGGAUCGGGUUCAUGUACGCGCCGCGGUACCACCCGGCGAUGAAGGCGGUGCGCGCGGUGCGCGGCGCGCUGGGCAUCCGCACGGCGUUCAAUAUGCUGGGGCCGAUGCUGAACCCGGCGCACGCGGAGUACGGCCUGGUGGGCGUGUGGUCGCCGAGCAUCUCGGAGCUCAUGGGCGACGCGCUGCAGCGGAUGGGAAUGAAGAAGGCGCUCGUCGUGCACUCAGCGGGGAUGGACGAGCUCACCCCGAUCUACCCGGGCGAGGUCUACGAGGUCACGCCCGAGGGCCGCAAGCGGUACGAGCUCGACCCGAAGGACCUGGGCAUCCCGCGAUGCACGAUCGAGGACCUGAAAGGCGGGGACGCGGCGUUGAACGCGAGGAUCCUCCGGGACGUGUUCGGCGGCGAGAAGGGCGCGGUCGCGGACGCGCUGAACUUGAACGCCGGCGUGGCGCUCGCGGCGGCGACGGUGGCGAAGGACGUGCCCGAGGGCGUGGCCAUGGCGCGCGAGGCGCAGGAGAGCGGGCGGGCGCUGCAGACGCUGGACAAGUGGGUCACGGUGACGAAGGAGCUCAAGGCGACGGAGGCGUAG